GAUCAAUUUAAAAUUAAGUAUUGAUAAGAUGUCAAACUAUACCGUCAUAGCACUCAUCCUCUCCGUCUACGGAAGCCUCACUAUUGCGGCAAGUCCGAGGCCGCACGUUAUUUUUAUUUUAUCAGAUGACCAAGGGUACCGAGAUGUGGGCUACCAUGGUUCGAUUUUCGCCACCCCUGUUUUAGACAGCCUAGCAGGGGAAGGGGUAAAGUUGGAGAACUACUACGUCCAGCCCAUUUGUACGCCGACAAGAAGUCAACUACUGACCGGAAGGUAUCAGAUUCGAACCGGGCUCCAGCAUGGUAUUCUUAUGCAGAACCAGCCAAGUUGCCUCCCUCUUGAUGAAGUUACCAUUGCUGACAAAAUGAAAGAAGCAGGUUACAGUACACACAUGGUCGGGAAAUGGCACCUUGGGCUCUACGAAGAAGGCUGUCUACCAACGUACAGAGGGUUCGAUACAUUCUUAGGCUAUCUGACAGGCGGGGAAGAUUACUAUACGCAUCGUAAAGCCAGUGGUUAUGACUUUAGGCGGAACGCGUCUGUUGAGUGGGACUAUGAUGGGGUAUACUCAACUAUUGUUUAUGCUCAAGAAGCCGUUGACAUCAUAUCAGAUCAUGAUCCUGAUGAGCCGAUGUUCCUGUACAUUCCGUUUCAAGCGCCCCACACACCUUAUCAAGUCCCUUCUGAAUACAGUGACCCUUACAAUGGCACUAUCAACGAUAUGGAUCGACUGCUGUAUGCCGGUAUGGUGGCCUGUAUGGAUGAGGCUAUAGGCAACAUCACCGAAGCACUCAAAGCCAACGCAGAUAUGUACAACAACACCGUAAUCGUAUUCUCAAGCGACAAUGGUGGUGAUGGACAAGGUGGCAACAACUGGCCACUGAGAGGCAAAAAGGGUUCAUUCUUUGAGGGCGGUAUACGUGCAAUUGGAUUUGUUCACAGUCCACUCCUUAAUGAUGACGUCAGGGGAUCAGUGAGUAAUGAACUUAUUCACGUCAGCGAUUGGUUGCCCACGAUUGUGGAAGGCAUUGCUGGAUGGAAUACAAAUGGAACCAAGCCCCUUGACGGUGUUAAUCAAUGGGAUACAAUAAGGAAUGGAAGUGCGUCGGCGCGAACGGAAAUCCUUUACAACAUUGAUCCGUUGUCAGUACAAAAAGGGGGCGGCCGUAAUUGGAACGGAUACGCAUUCAACGUUAGGAUAAGCGCCGCUAUUAGGUCUGGUGAUAUGAAGCUUAUUACAGGAACCAAAGGAACGAGUGGUUGGGAUGCACCCCCUGAUGCAGGACUUACGUCAACAGCUGGUCCUACGUACACAGGCAAUCUUGUUUGGCUCUUCAACAUCACAGCAGAUCCUAAGGAAGAGAUCAACCUUGCAAACAUUGAAACCGCUAUUACGAUUGACUUACUUGAUAAGCUCGCAGUUUAUGAGGGCGAAGCGGUUCCGGUGAAUUACCCGGCGUCGGAUCCCACCAACUCCAACCCGAAAACCAAUGGGAAUGGAGGCGUCUGGGGUCCUUGGGCGUAACAGGUUCUUGCUCAUCAUCACCAAAAUCAUCAUUAAGACACAAUCAACGCGUCAUCAUUUUCCAUCAUCAUCAUCAUCAUCAUCAUCAUCAUUAUUAUUCAUUAUCAUCACAUCAUCAUCAUCAUCAUCAUCAUUAUUCAUACGGACCCUGGGAGAGUGGGGAGGACCCUGGGCUAGAUCUCUUCGUUGAUAAGAAUGAUCAUCAUUGUAUUCAUAAUCAAUGUACUAAUUGUCAUAAUCAUCAACUUCAUCAUUUAAUCUUUCAUUCUCAUUAACAAUAUCCCUAUGCUACGGUGUGCUAGUACAUGACUUCCUGUUGUAGUGAUAUAAUGAGUAUGCUUACCUACUAUAUACUACCAUGGAGGAAUUAGUUUAUACUGAUAAUGCCAUGAAUCUUUAUAUUUAUUUGAUUAACAUAAUGUUCAGACAUAGCCUAAGCUUUCCUCCUAAGGUUUAACGAAGAUAAUUCGAGGACUACACUUAUGUCUACAAUAAUAUGCAUAUUCGUGUUUUUUUGUAUUCAUUAGAAAUUGUAAUUAAUGAAUUAUUUCUAUUAAACUUUAUAGAAUGAA